CGGCGUCUCGAAUGGAGACUGAUUACAAUCCUAUGGAGAUGGGCAAUAAUAUGGGCUUUGAAGAGGAUUCCGAUUAUAGAGACUUUGAUGGAGCAGAUGUGAAAGAUAUGAGACUAGAAGCAGAAGCUGUUGUGAAUGAUGUUCUCUUUGCUGUGAGCAACAUGUUUGUCUCAAAAACCCUUCCAUGUGCAGAGGAUGUGGCAUAUAUCAAUGUGGAGACCAGGGAGAGGAACAAAUACUGCCUGGAGCUCACAGAAGCAGGACUUAGGGUAGUAGCUUAUGCUUUUGAUCAGACUGAUGACAGUUUGCAAACUCCAUACCACGAAACCGUCUACUCCUUGUUGGACUCUCUCAGCCCUGCGUAUCGAGAGUUUUUUGGAAAUGCAUUACUGCAAAGACUGGAAGCUUUGAAGAAGGAUAGUCAGUCAUGAUUCAUGCUGAAGUGAGGAGGUUUUAUUAAUGCUAAAAUGAAUCGUUAGUGUAAGGUGCGGAAAUCUUUCUUACAAACAUAUCCUGAGCCAAGCCUUGUUUCUUGCAUUAAUAUCAGUGCUGCAAUGAAUUAGAUAUGUAACAUUUUGCUUCAGUGGACUUGUUAGCUCAAAAGACCAAAAAAGUUGCUGAGUAAAUUGUAAGAAGCUUAUUGUUUUAUUUUUGUUGUAAGUAAACAAUUUAUUUCAUAAUAAUUUAAAAAGUGUCUCUUUUCAAAGUGUAAUCUGUGUUCUUAUCCAAAAGUCUAGAAAAUGUCUUUGUGAGAACUCUUUAGAGACUGAAUGUUAUAUGUACAAGUAGUCAUUUUUCUUUUUGUGCUUGCUGAUUAUUUUCAAAUUACUUUUUAAAACAAACAUUAGCUACUUUUUUUACCUAAUUAAUAGGAACUGCUGUUUUGCACAGAAUAGAGUUUUGUCUUGUUUUGCUGUGCAUAAAUCAGAAAAUUGUUUCCUUCAGUAACAAGAAGGAUGGCUCUUGAACACUAUCACCAUAUGGUGAUAGUGAGUUAAAAACAAGUCUUACUUGAUCUGUCCUUAUCUGUGACAGCUCCAGCAAACUCCAAUAGUAAUGGGAUGUACUAUUAAUAAAUGAAUGUAUUGUCUGAACUGCAAAUGAGCUAAGCACAGAAGUAAAUUCAGGUGUAAGGGACUACACUUUCAUAAAGAUGAUAUAUGGGUAUGUAUAUAAAUAUGUAUGUACUUGUGCUAUAUUGUAACUGUUGGGAGGCUCCACUUCAGCCUGUUUACUAUUCUGAAUGUGUUUACCUGAUACACAGGAUAUACCCUAGAGUAUUUUUGCUUCAGCCUUUGCUUUCUAUAAUACAGUACUUUAGUACUCCCAUGUUUUCCCUUCCUCCAAUGUACAGCAUCCUCUUCUAAUGAAUACUGAGUAAACACUGUAAUAUUAAUUACAUUGUAUUGGUUUUCAACCAAAGGCUGUAUGAGAUUUAUAUGACUUAUACCAAACUGGAAGAUGUAACAUGUAUUUUCUACUUAAAAAUUGGUACUAAUCUCUUUAUAAAUCUAUUGUUCUUCUUCAGCUUUU